CCCCAGUCGGCAGCGCGGCUACAAACGGUGCAAGCAGACGGCUGCUGCAAGAGAUUUCAAAGGCGGCGUGCACCAAGACUUCGAGCUUCCUCUCACCCGCUUUUGUGCUCCGCAUCGGCAGUUCUGGUGGCAUCCCUCGCGGGACGGCAAGCGUAUCUUGAGUGCGCGGCUGGGGUGGGGAAAGGAGGGUUGGGUGGAUCGGUAGAGGAGGAAGGAGAGAGAGAGGGUUCUGGUAGGCAGACGAACACAGAGAGACUUACCCACUCCACCCCAUCCUUCUUUAGGAGAGCCGCAGACGAGGGCAUCGUUUGGCUUGAAAGUGCAGUCGUUGCUUCACACAUACACACAGACUUUAGAUGACGGUGCGCAUCACACCAUCAGGAAGAAAAGUCACAAGAGCAUCUCUCCCCUUUUCACUUCCCCCCUUCAAGAAAAGUGAAUUAUCUACCAAAAGCAGCUUGCGGGCGAGAACUUGCAGCGUGUGCACGCGUGGAGCGCUGUGGCCUGCACCGCCAACCGCCCGUGCAGUUGUUAUGACUACUGUACUCCGGGGGCGGGAGCCUUUCUAUUUCGCGCUGCUUGUGAAAACCGAAAAAGAAGAAUAAUUAACGCGCAUAGGGUCGGGUGCUGUGACACUGAGAUGGGUUGCAGGUGACUGCUACGCCUGUGCAAACCACGGAGGAAAAAGCCAAACAACAACAGAAGCAGCUGUUACCACAACAAGCACUACCGAGAAGAAGUCGAGAAAGCAAAUCUUGAGAUGCUUCACCUCUGUGUUGGGGGAGACACCAGUUUCCGGUGUCUCUGUGGCAGGAGCGUGCGGACGCGAUCUUGGUGCAUCUGUGGACACUGUCAGCAGCAAGGUGUGCGGCAUCUUGCUCACUCUUUUAAAUGUUAUCCUAAUUGGACCAGAGACGGGAAAAGAGGAGAUCGAGCAGAUGGCGACUCACGGUUGCAACCCGCGUCAGAAGUCGGCACGGGUGGAAUGACAAGCCACGCAGCUUCACGCUUGCCAGGGUGGGCGUAAAUCGCGCGGCUCAUUGGCGGCUGCCGCGCGACGGAAGCUGUCGGCUUUGUUUCCAUGGUGUGUGUGUGUCGCGUGGAGUUCGCGCGCGGUGUUCCAGACAACGGGAGCUGGCGGCGAGACACCGUUUUGGAGGGAAACAGCUGUGCUGUGAGCCUGGUUUGGGAGUGGAGAGAGGAUGUGGGUGUGUUUGUGGUUUUGAAACCUAUUUCCUGUUGAUUUGGCGCCGCCAGGCUUACUUGAUUCUUGGAAAAUACCAGGCCCGCGAGGAUCGUCAUCGUCAGUAGUAGGGCAGCCUGUGGCGUGGUGGUCGUCGUUAGCCGAGAGUUGGCGUGUUUCAUCACCGCCGCAUCUUCCUUCGCACCUUCCCGCGCCGGCCUCCCUUGUCGCCUCCGGGUCGAUGAGCUCGCUGUCCACCACCGCCAACCUCUGGUGGCCACCCGUUAGUCCAGACUUGCUGUCGGAACUAUAACAGCAAGGUGGACAGCGGCCCCUCCCCCUUGAGAGCAGUAUAGCAGAGAGCGCGGUGUGGCGCGUGCGAGACACAGGCUGCGAGAGAGAGAAAGGUUGGGGGGGUGAUGGCGUGGGGGAGGAAGCAAGGACGCAUUUUCAUAAUCGGCGGCGCGGAGCGUGGGACUGCGAGUCAGCCGGUGCCAACGGCCGCGCGAGACUGACAAGACGAGCCAGGCCGGCCGGCGCUGACUUCCCUCCCCAGUCCAACUUGGCUGCUGAAUGGAGCCGUGCGAGCGGCAAUGGUGGUGGUGUUGUCGUCGAGGUCGUUGUUGUGCUUGUUUUCUUCCUCCCACCAUCAGUCGCUGAUGACGUGAUCGCGGCGUCGUACAUGUGAAUACAGCAGCAGCAGCAGCAGCAGAGUGCUGAGCGCGCGCGCGCGUGUGUGUUUUGCGAGGAACAGCCGAGGGGGAGAUACGAGAGAUGGACAAGAGUUGCGCUGGUAGCUGAUCAGCUGGCAGCAAGAAACGGCGGACUGUUGUGUUUUGUGCCGCUCCCACGUGAACUAAAAAGAGGGAGCGGAAAUUCUGAGCGGAUAAUUCGGUCCCCUGUGUGUCAGAGAGUGUGUGUGUUGAUUACAGCAAGGCCCUGAAAGCGCAGGAGAGUGUAUAACGUGGAGGACGUGCUCAAUAUUCCGGGCUUCUGCGGCAGUUUUGCACCGGCGUCGGGAUGCUGCGCGGCACGGGGCCGCUGUGAUGUGUGGUUUGGCUGCUUCCUGACGUCCGGACGGCCGAGGUCAUGGUGCUGCGAGGUCAGUCGCCUGCCGGAGAUGAUCAGCCACGUGGCCAUGGAUGAGCCGCGCGGCGCCGCGCCAGGCAGGGGGGACAGCGGCGGCGGCAGCGGUGGCGGCGGCCCCGUCAGCUCCAUGGACGACAUGGAGCUCUUCCCGCGCCAGGCGGUCAUCGUCAAGAACGGCAAGAUCUUUUUCGAGGACGAGCCCUUCUUCUGCGCCGGCGAGGCUCAUGACGAUAAGAGCGAGGCCGCCGACAAGGCGGAGGAGAGACGCGGCGGCGGCGGUAGCCGCCAAGCGGUUGACAGCAACAGGAGCGAGUUCAGCGCCGCCUGCUUCGAUGACCUGGACAGCGAGAAGGAGAACCGCAUCUGCCGGGACCUUAUCAUCCCGGAGACCCACGCAGAGGACCUACACGCUUGCGGCGAUGUCGACAGUGAGGACGAUAGCGAGGACGAGGAAGAGGAGGAGGACGAGGACGAGAGGUUUCUAAAGCUGGUAGACAGGGAGGAGUUUUACGAGGAUGUCGAUGGCUUGCGGCUGCAGGGCUUGCCGGAUGGGCCACUGGAUCCCACGGAGUAUCUGGACUUCAUGCAUUCCGGUCAAGAGGUACAGCGGAUCAGCGUCAUCACCGCGCUGCCCAACCUCCUGAAGGAGAACAAUGCCGAGUGCAUGAGGCGGGUCGUGCCCAAAGUGCGGGAGGUGCUAUAUGUGGCACAGCAGGACAUGCAGCUUGCUGCCUCCUCAGCAUUCCUGCAGAUUCUGCAAGACCAGCUGAUCCCAGUGCAGAACUAUACCCAGACCUUUCUGCAGACCAUCCUGUCCAGUGUAGACAGCAAGGACAGUGAGGUUGCAGCAGCAUGGCUGGAUACAUUGCUGGAUGUCAUCGAUCUCCUGCCUAAGGAAAUUAUAAAGAAAGAUAUUCUUAGCAUUGCCAUAAGUAAGGGGCAGAUUUCCCAGCCUGUGCAAGCUCGUCUCUCAUGCUGCAAAAUUCUGGGCAAGGUGGCAACUAAAUUUGAACCUUUUGUAAUUAAGAAAGAAAUCUUGCCGGUGGUCCAGCAACUGUGUCAAGAUGUGGAACACGAGGUGCGAGCCUGUAUGUGCUUUCAGCUGGAGUCUGUAGCACGAGGACUUGGUCUAGAGACAACUAAGGCUGUAAUAUUGCCAGAGCUUUUGGAGUUGGCAGAUGAUGAAGAAAGUGAUGUUCGCAUUAUGGGUCUUGACACUUUUGUCAAUAUCCUUAGCCUCUUAGAUGAUGAAACACGAGAGGGGGUGGUUGUUCCGCUUGUGCACAAAUUCUGUAACCGUGCUAUGACUACACAUGAUCGCACUUUGCCAUUUGUUGCUAAACAAUUUGGCAAGAUUUGCCAUGGUUUAGAAAGUAAUCUCAGUGGGGAGCUGAAACACUUUUUUAUUCAUUUCUAUAAAAAGUUGUGCAAAAUGGGUUUGCAGGAAAAAUCAAAAUCUAUUGAUAAGCAGGGAACACCAGGAAGCUAUCCUUAUGACGAUGAGGAUAGACAUGUGCAGACUCGUCAAAAUGCUGCUUUUAAUUUCCCUGCAAUGGUCUUGUUUGUUGGUGUGAAGUCUUUUAAAUCAGACCUGCACCCAAUCUUUGGAGUCUUGUGUAAAGAUCCACACGUCACAGUCCGGCAAACGAUGGCUAGUUGUUUUCAUGAGAUAGCGAAGCUUCUUGGCGCUAAUGCUAAUAUGAUCUUCCCGGAGAUGAUUGUGUUACUGAAGGACGAAGUAGCUUUCCCCUUGACCAUUCCACCCUUGACUGAACAAUUCAUAUGCAAUCUAAUCCCCAGUACCAGUGAACGAGUGUUACAAGGUGUGGUGUCCAGCUUUUCAUUGACAUUAGAUGGUGUGCCAAAAAACAUGGGAUUUAUCGCAGAUGCUAAGGCAUCAUUGGUGAUGGAAGUUGUGAGUGCGUUGUUAUCUGCGGAGACGGUGGUGUUUGCAUCAAACAACUGGCGGCUGCAAGAAGACAUGAUGAACAACAUGGCUUGCCUAGGAAAAGUGUGCUCUAGUGAUAUGCUUUACACUCGCGUCAUACCAGUGCUUUUACACAAGAUGAAGCAUGGGAGAGCAUUGCCAGUUAGAUAUGCAGCAUCCAGGUCCCUUUUGGUGUUGAUGCGGUGUAUUCGAAGGCUGGAUCAGCGGCAGUAUCUGGUAGACUGUAUAUUAGAAGAUUUCUGCCAAGGUCACAGCUGCCACAGUCGUUCAUUGUUCCUGGUUAUCUGUAAAUAUGUAAUAGAACUUUACUCCAAAGCCUUUUUCAAGGAUAACUUCUUCCUCUAUGUGUUGCCAUUGGCCUUUGAUCCUGUGCCCAACAUCCGCAUGCGUGCGUGUGCUCUGCUUCCUGAUCUCAAGCGACUGAUCAAACUGCCACACGACACUACUUUAAAGAGCUCAUUGGAAGCUUGCAUCCGCAAAGUCCUGGUGAACGAGAAGGAUAAAGACGUCUUGUUUACAAUGAAAAAUGCAGUGGAUGAGCUCGACCAAAUACAUGUUCAGAUGGAGUUAACAAUUCCUCGAUUAAAACCUAUUGAGGAGGAUGCUGAUGACCUAGUCAAGGAAGAAGAAGAGAGGCAGCUACUGGAACUGGAAGAAAAAGACAGGAAGGAAGAAGAGAUGAAGGCCAUCAAGAUGGAUAAACGCCACUCAGUUCCUAGUAAAAGAGAUUUGCCGAAUACCAAAAUACCUGCACCCAAGAGAUCACAUGAAUCAAAAAUGAAUAGGAUAAGCCAGCCCUCUCCAGCCAAGCCAGUACAGAACACUGCUAAGCCAGAGCAACGUCGAUCAGUAGGCUCACCAUCUACCUCUACCACUAGCACUGCUGUCACAGAGUUCAAUGGGAUGGCUGAGGGGCAAGAGAGCGUGCUGCUACCCCACAUGAUCAAGUCCAAGUCCACAACCUCCAUUCCUUCUCUCUCACACAUCCCCCGGCCAGCUUCUCGCCCUAGCACCCCACCCAGGAAGGAAGCCUCGUGCAGAAUUCCUGUUCUUCAUUCGUUGGGAAGACCAGCUGCUUCAGGGCCAGGAACUGGCUUAACUAAGCAAAAUUCCUCAGCAACACGCUUGGGAACCAAUGUGACAGCAGCUUCAAGGAAGGGCUCAGUGGGCAGCUUACCGAGCACAACAGCACGGCGAGGAUCCCUUGGGAGUGCCUGUAGCACCAAGAGUGACCCUUCAGGUUCGAGGGCAAAGAGCAAGCCUAGCAAUGGGGGAAGUGCUGGUGGUCUUGCAUCUAACAAGCCUAUCAGGAAAAUAUCCAAGUCUUGAUGCUCAGUCUACUCUAAGUUUGCUUAUAGCGACAUUUCCACACAACCUGAAGCUAUUCCUGCUGUGUGUGCAUGUGCCAGAUGUAGAUUUUCUUUGGAUUUGCUGGAACAAAGGUUCCAGGAGACUUCUCAAUUCAUUCCAUUGGAGACUGGGAAGCUUUACCAGCCUGAAGGCAUCGGCUUGACAGAACAAGUAAUCGGUUGGCCUGGAUGAUAGAUGCUGACAUUUUGCACCUUGCUUUGAAACUUAUUUCAGGACCUCAGUUGCAGAGGCAUAUUGCAUUUAGUUUCUGCAACAGAAGCAUGGGCAGUCACAAGGACUUAACAUUAGAUUGUUCUUUAUGGAUACAUAUUGUAACGUAACGUGAUACAUUUUCAAAAUGAUUUCAUUUUCCGAGUCACAAAUCUGGUAUGUCUACAGAUAACAUACUCCUGACAAACUGACUGGGGUUUACAUUUUUCCUGUAAAUAAAAGGUUUAAUUUGUUAAAAUAGUUGUUAAUGUAAUCAAGCAUUGCUAAUAAAAUAAAAUUUCUGAUCUUGACCAAGUAGUGUUAAGAGUAGUGAAUCCCUGAUAUUAAAUAUGCAAGCAUGACACUCAAUGAUUUUGGAGAUAAAAGGGCAUCUAUAUAUGGUUGUAAGAGGUGAUGCAAAGGGAAUUAUUCUUCGCUUACUUCUAAAGCUGGAUUUAUUCCUGAAUGAAAUGGGUUGGACAAAAUUUACAGAUAAUUUCUGAGAUGAAUGCAUUAGCUUUAUCUGCCAUAUAAAGGAUAGAUAAGGUCAGUUGUUUUAUUUCUGCUUUUCUAUUGAGAAUCUGUCAUCCCUUUGGCACAAAAUGAGCACUUGGCCAAGAAACAUUUUCUGGUGGGUAUUAGAAGAAAAGUUAGAGCAAUCCUUUGCUUGAAGAGAAAUAGGCCAAUAAUUUUGACUUCACUUAAAAAGCUUCAUAAUUUUAUCCCCUCCCUUGAAAUGGAUGAGGCUGACCAAGAAAGGAGCGGGGAGAGGGAAUGACAGAGUAGAUUUAAUAACUGAAAGCUUGAGGGAGGAAGGCAGCGAGUCUGACAAGGUAUGUUGAUAAACACAAGAUUCUGGUGUAAGUAAAUGCUGCCACCUUAAAAGCGUUUACAGUUUAUUAAUGUCCUUUGUUUACAAUAAAUAGAACAGAGUGACUGAUCAUUAGGCACACAUAGGUGACUUCUGUGUUUAUUGACCAGUCUUGUACCCUUCAUUCUAUAACAGUUUUUUUUAAAAUUUAUUUUAGUUCAACAGCAAUACUUGUGCAGGAUGCUCAGCAUUGUUCAAAGACCCGUUAUGUCUUAGAGAAGUAUCUACAUGCCUUUGCAUUACUGUCUUGACUCCAAGAUAAACAACGUAAAGCAUGUAGUGUAGUUUCAUCCUUCAACACAUCGGCUUCCAACCACUAAUAAUGGGUAAAUCUAGCAUCCAUUUAGGUCAUUUCAAAAUUUGUAUGACUAUAAAGCAGCAAUGAAUACAUUUUGUUUAAUACAUGACACGAUGUGAUAGAAAAUAUGUGUUGUAUAAAAGUGAGCAAUAAGAACGAGAGGGCCAGUAUAAGAAACAGGGGUACAGCUUAGAGCAAUCACAAGCUAUAUGAUAUGCAGAACAAUAACAACCGGCUGUGUGUUAAGAGCGCUAACACUCUUACACAAGUCUUAAAUUCAUGGUUUAUAAGGAAAUUCCAUAGCUGGGUAGAAGCGUGAGUAGAAAGGAUGGAGGCUUUGCAUGAAAAUAGUGAUGCUAGAAGUGAAUGGCUUGGUCUUCUGUUCUCUGUUUCUGUUGCUCAGGCAUAUUAAAGGAAUUGAGUUUCUGUUUUGUCAUCUUCAUUCUUUUAUAAAAUAGUCUGAGGCAGCAGUGUCAUAUUCUAAUGAUUUAAAUUUAAGAUGCAUUAUUUGAUGACUGCCAUUAGGUUGGAGGGAACUUGUGGAGGUGGGGCAGAAGGAAGCAAAGAAGGAUGGUGGUUAACUGCAAGAGGAACGAAAGUACAGAAGCUCCUGUAGCAUAAAUGGGAAAAAUUAUAAGCAAACACAAUUUUUGUGUUCUGCAAGAGAAGUCUGUCUUUUGUGGAUGAGCAACUUUGCACUGUAGCAGGGACCAUAUACAAGUGAAUUGCUGGCAGAUGAGUUUUCUGUGUUAACAUCUACUAAAAGGUCUUAGAAUGAGCUUCUGGUUCUCAUGAAGAGAAAGCACGGACAAUGUGAGCUCUUGUGUUGAUGGAAAUACAAACAGUCAAGCUUUAUAGUCUGUUGUGUUCUCAACUCUAUCGGCUCUAAGCCAGUGGAAGAUAUGGCUGGCUUGCCCAAGACAUGACACUUACCAUUCUGCAAAAGUUUAUGUCAACAGACCACAAUCUAUUUAUAGAUCAUCCUUGAUUGCAAGAAUGUGCACUACAGGGGUAACCAAAACCAUUCUUUUCCUUCUACCUCAUAAUUCAGGCAAUUUUGUCUUUUAAUCAUUUUUGCUUUGCAUAGAAGUAGAUCAGUGACUAAAUAGUCAAAUCAUAACUGGUAAUAUGUUCUUGUUGAUAGGUUGAGUUCAGUCACUUGUUCACAUAUCUUCUCAAUCCAUUUGAGUGUUCUCCCUGUCUGAUAGCAUGAGAUAUCAUUUCCUCUGCUCUGUGAUGAUUUCACUCAGCAAUAGCCUCAAAGUGUGAAUCAGUUUUGAAACUCACCAGUGAUGUGAAAGAUGUUAUUUAAUUAUUUUUUAAAUUCUAGAAAAUUAGUGAGGCUUAAAACUGUUGAAUAAUUUGUUUUCUUUAUCUUUUGGGGAAAUUUGUGUAACAUUUUAUUGCAUAUGCUUAGAGACAAAAGCAAAGUUGACUAGUUCAUGUUAGUAUAUAGAGCUCAUGAGGCUAGUUUAUUCUGGUUUUCUAAAAUGUACAAUUUUUGUGUUGAGUAAGUAAAUUAGCCUGUGAAAAAGCUGGCAGGCUUUGCAAUUGUUGCCAGGGAGUGUACUUAAAUGUAAAGAAAGACCAUGUUUAUUACUUUGCUGAAUACACUCUUAUAAACUGUAUAAUCUCAGGAGCAUGUCACAUCAAAGCUGACGGCAUUUAGCAUAUUAAUCUUAAGGUUAACUCAUCUUAAGAUUAAUUAUGAAACGAAAGCUCAAGAUCUGCUGGUUGCAGAUAAAUUACUAGAUGACUGAAGAGUAUUUAAGUUCUUUUUCCCUGUAGGAUGCUUUUCAAUUUUAAUUUGGAAGAUUUGUUAUUUUAACACAUUGUGGAAUGAACAAAAGAUUUAUUCCUCAGCAUUGAACAUAUGAUUUUCUGUGCUCAGUGAAGUCACAGAAUAUUUUUAUUUAAAAUAUGAAGCAUUUUGUUUGGUACGUGAAUUCUAGGUUUUUAUAUGUGAACAUGCAUACCUCAGAAUAUUGACACGCAGCGUGUAGCUCUUAGGUUGGCUGUCAGUAACUGUCAUCAGCAAUACACAGUAGAUUCUGGGAAGCGUAAUUGUGCUUUCUUCUCGGGAUAACCUUUGUUUGGAUUAACAAGGCUUGGAGUUUGACUUUGAAUGUAGCUAUGCAAAGCUUUUGAUGGGUAGAAUUUCAGCAGUUGCAGAAAACUGCCUACGUGUCUUACCUUGAGUGGUGUUCUAGUAUUAAUGCCGUGGUGUUUGUUGACAUAAGGUGUCUGACCCCGAGUGGUGUUCUAGUGUUAAUGUUGAUCUUGCUGUAUGUUGGCAUGUGAUCUUAUGUAAGUUUCUUGUUGCUCAUUCACAUUUGCCUCCAGAAAGUCUAAACAAAUCAAUCAGCAUCAUUUUCUCAAGAUUAAGAGUUCUGAAAACUCUCAUACCUUGCAGACUCCUCCUCCCUUCUCACUGAGAAAUAGUGCAAUGCCAUAAGACUAAAUAUGUUUCUUAUCAUCCAUAACAUAGUGUUAGAUGUGGUUGUAUCAUAUAUAUGCAAGCAUAUCUGCACCAGAUUCUGAGAUUAUUGAAUCGACAAACCUCUUAUGAUUUGAUUUAAAAUACACAUAUAAGAGCUGUAGAUGGGAAUAUGUUGGGUACAAAUGUCACCUAAAACUUUUUAAAAAAAGCAUAAUACAAUAGUAAAACUGUCUUGAACUUGACAAAUCUUUUUACUGAUGCAGAAAUUUAGAAAGUGAGGAUGGUUUCCUGUGAGGAAUGAAAAUAAGUGAGAAGCAGAAGAGCAUUGGUUUCGUAGGUUACUUUUUGUGUGUGUGUGUGUGAGUGGAGGGUCCUUUUAUUUCUAGAGUCAAAUGUAUAAUAGCACAUGAAACAAGUAUUUAAGUGAAUGUGAGUAGCAGAAGAUGUUUCAAGUUAGUCUUUUCUUUGACGUGCAAGAAUACUAACAAGUUUUAAGACUGUGUGCUUUGUUUGAAUAUAUUUUACCUUGAUUUAUAGAUGAAAACAAGUAUUUUUUAAUGUUUCUGGUUGAAUUUUUGUUUCAGCACAAAAAGCAUCAAACAUAAAUGCGUGUAAAAUACUGAUUUCUGUUUUCAAAAGAAACAUUCCUUAAUUUGGCAAAUUAGGAAACAUAAUGGAGGUCAUCUGCAUCUUUCAUGGGGGUGUGUGUGUUUAAUUGUCUGUUUGCAUUUUAACCAAUGUAAAUGUGAAGGUAAAAGGUAAAGGUCCCACAGCCUAGUGAAAUGUAAAUGAUAGAAUGUGUCUAGGGCAAGACCUGUGGAAGGAAGAGCCCAACUUCUACUAACUGCAUGCAGCCUUUUGCCUUCUCUGAUGUUGGUUACCUUUUGUUGCUGAGUGGAUGGGGGGCAGGGGAAGUUGUCCCACCACGUCUAAAAAUCCUGCAGCUACUAGAAAGCUGCUCCAAACCAACUGUACUUACCACCAGGGCGCAGAGUCUCCACCAUUAAUAUAGUUUAGCACGGGACUAUUGAUUCGGUGUCAGUGGGAGAUAAUUAAAGAGGAAGACCUGUGGGCACAAGCAGCAGUGCAGUGUUGGCGCACAUCAAGAAUUUCUACUAAUCUAGAUUUUGUCCUGUUGUAUAUGGAAUAUUUUAUGUAAAUUUUGAAGUCCUUUUGGUAUUUAUGUUUGCAAACAUGCAUUUAUUGAACAGUGUCCUGAAUUGUUAUUAUUGAUGUCCACUUUUGUCGAGGCCUGGAAUGCCUGUUAUGUGGUGCAUGAACGAUAAUUUUGUUAGUAGUGCGGUUGUUUACCUGCUUUUACAAUCAAAUAAGUAAACAUUGUACUGUGCCCUGCUGUACUUUUUCAAUCCAGUUUAAAAAAAAAAUUGAAAAGUUGGGCUAAGGUAAAAAAAAAAUCAGAUCAUGUGGCUCCACUGUGCAGUUAAAAAUCAUUCAGCAUCAAAGACAGUUUUUAUCUUCUAGUUUGCAUCAAAAUUUAAAUGUUCUUGCUGAGCUAAGUUAGCAGUAAAAGAAACAUAAGAAUCGGUAUAUAUAUAUACCUUUGCAGCUGAGGACAACAAAUACAAACAAGGUUUGAUUUGGAAGAACCAUGUUCUUUAAGGGCAGUCUGUGCAAGUUCCCUGUCCAUACCUGAAACUAUAUAGUUUGUACUUAGGAGAAAGUGCCAGUCCUUGCAGUGGAAUUUCAAACAUAAUAUGAACAUUGUCCUGGAGUCCUUGUAUACAAGGAUGAUCAAAAUGAGAAUUGGUCUGUAAGAACUUCCUCAAAAGUGUCUCUUCUCCAGAUAGACUGUAAAUGCUUUGAAUCCGGCAUUUAAAGGUCAUUUAUUUGCUGCAAAGACAAGCAGUGGAAGAAACGGAUGUAGACCCCACUCCUUUCCUUCUCAUCCUUGAUCGGCUCCAUCCCUCCCCACUGCAUGCGUUAUGUUGAUGUCUUCUUGCUGUGCUUACGUUUAAUUGUUUAUGUGAGUGAGGAACGCCAGACAGAUUGAGAGAGAGAGAGAGACACCAUUGUCAGAUGGAUGAAAAAGAGCUUAUACAGUUGCCAAGAUUUAUAUGGCCGCAUCUCUAAUGGCAAAUCUUCAAGAGGUUCCAGAUGUUAUGUAAAUUUGAGUGACAAGCAGAAUAUAAAGAGCAGUUUUGUUAAGAUUACCACUUCUGUUGCUGGAAUUCAUUAUUCCUGUUCAGUACAGCACUACUAUGUAAAGAAUAUAUGCAGCAUGAUCUUUGACUUUGACAUUUUCAUUCGCUGUCUGUGCAAUAAUGGCAUCUUUGUUAAAUAAUUCUGUGUUUCUAAUAACAAACAUUUGGAACAUUCCGUAUUAAGAAAAGAAUAAGAAAUUAUAAAAUCAGAUUUUAUGAUAGGUUCAAUAAUAUUUUUAUGAUGUUCAUACCGUUUCUUCCACCCUCCCCUUGUCAACCAUUUAGGAAGGAUGAAAUAAAGUAAUUAUGAAGAGAUGUACAGCAUUUUGUGGUGUGAAAUAAUUUCAGGUUGUUUCUGUAUAAUCUGAAGUGGAAGAACUGUGUCAGGGAUUUUUCCUGUGAUUGAUGUAGGAUAUCUUACUAGAGUACUAAGUUGUUAUUUCCAUUUCCAUGUUAUGAAAACUGUACUUAAAGCAUCGAUAUUCAGUUUGUGAUUCUAAUACACUGUAACCAGUUUUUCCAGUUUGGAAGAAAGAAUUGUAUUGCAUUAUGCACCCACUGGAUAUGCUAAAUGUGUUUAAUUGGAUUAUUUUCAACAGUCUGGAUUGUUGAAGUCAUUCAUUUGUUUUUAAGGUUGGAUGUGCUUUAGCCCGUUGCUACCCAGUUACCAAGCAUUUGCCAGCAUGCUGUCAUUGUGCAAAUUCUUUACAGGUAGUAACCUUUCAUAACCAUAUAAUUUUCUAUCUCCUGUUCCAUGUUGAUGGCUUUAAUCAUGUAACUGCUCUUUAAGAGUGUCCUCCCUUUUGUGUAGCACACACAACCAUGCAGAUGGGUCAAGUGUUAGCCAGUUGUAUAGCUCACCCUUAAGUGGUUUGAUGUAAUGAUUGCUAUUCAAUCUGGUUUGAUGUAAUGAUUGCUGUUCAAUCUGGUUUGGGUGACUAACGGUGGUUUACAUGCCUUUAUUUCAAACUCACCAAGUACAUUCAGCAUUGUUUCAACCUUGAAACUGCCAGUAAUUGGAUUUUUUCUGUCAACUUGCAAAUAAGCUGCUUGUGAAGAACGCAAUUGAGAUGUAACAGUUGACAGAAGUAAAUUAGUGCUUUGCAAGCUGCCAUGUGCUUGAGCUACAGGUUAAGCAACUCCUUCAAAUAGGACUUGGCAGUACGAUGUCAUCGUUUCCCACCAUCUCUGCAGCUGUAUCUGACACAUCCUUGUAGGAUGCGGCAGUGCAUGACUUUUACUUUGCACCAAAAUGCAACCUCCCCAACAACAGAAAAAAGCUUUUAAUAGGCCUAAUCAGUUGUUUCAAUGCAGUAAGAAAGUGUUUAUUUUGUACGUUCUGUGGUGCUGUCAGCAAGGGGACUGUUUCCUGGUGACUGAAAGAUAAACAUUCACACUUUUGGAAGCUUUCCCUACUGGAUACUUUUGCCAUGGUAAAUAUACCUUUCGGGCAUAAUGCAUAUGCAAACAUUGGGAAUGUAUUCAUGGUUGAUUGGUGCGUGUUCGUGUGUGUAUAUGUGUGAGUGUGUGUGCAUUGAUUGUUAAGAUAGAUUUCACUUUUUGCUUAUUGGCAUUUACUGCUGAUUACCAGAUGAGAAAAUGUGAGCAAAUGGUCAUUCAGUUGUACAUCACAAGGAUCCUGCAAGGGGGUGGGGUUACUAAGUACAUCAUAAUUUCAUUAAUAGAACAUCUUUUUUUUUUGAUUCACAAAACCGUCCAUUUGUCAAUAAUUACAUCAUCAGUACCAAAGCACCAGAACACUUGUAUACUUUAAACAUUUUGGCAGUUUUGUUUCUUUGUUCUUACAGAUAACAUGUGUUCAUCGUACUGUGUACUGUUAGAGUUCAUCCUCUUAUGAGACUUGCACUGAUAACCAGUGUUUAUCAUGUAUGUAUAAAAAGUAAAGGUGAUGUUCACAGUUUA